UUUAAGACUGGAGUGAUCGCUCGGCUGGCGACCAAGCUGUAUUAUCGAGCUACCAACACACAUGAGAUAGAUGGAAUUAUAACAAUGGAAUAUCACUGCGUUCUGUUUACUGUUUUGUUGCAGUUAAUCAUCCAACCAGGCAGGUCCAGGCCCACAAUCACCCCAGACGGACCCUGGCUCACAGUACCACUGAACGGCGACUUCAGCUUGCGCUGCCAGAGCAACAGUUCAGUGCGCUGGAUGAGAGAAGACCGUCCCACGCGAACCCUGAAGGAGGAACAAAGGCAGGGUCAACUAACAGUUCUUAAAAUGAGCAAAGCAGGCCCUCAACACAUGGGCAAAUAUUCAUGCUGUGAGGAGACUGGUGAAAAGAGCUCCAUCUAUGUGUAUGUCAAAGCAUUCCUCUCAGCAGAUCCUGAAAAUCCCUUCAGGAGGAGCAUCGUGUUUGACAUUGUUGCGGGAGAAGGAGAGACUGCCACGAUCCCAUGCUUGGCCACAGACCCAAAUAUGAUGGAGUUGCACCUGCAGAAAUGUGACGGACUGCCCCUUCCCAACAGUCUGCGAUAUUCAUCCAGCAUUGAGACGGGCGUGGUGUUGGAAGCUGUUAGGAAGGACUUUGAGGGAUGUUACGUCUGCGUCGGGACUCUAGAAGGCGCCACGGUUAAAUCCGGACAAUAUCUACUUACUGUUCGACUUGUUCCAGGUGCGCCUCCUCUGAUCACACUGGCUCAGCCUCAAAGAGUGCUGCUCACCCAGGGGGAAAAGCUCUCCCUAUCCUGCUCCACCUCAAAUGUCAACAGCGACAUCACAAUCAAGUGGAAGGCUCCGCGUGGAGUGCAACCGUCAGUGCAGAUGACCUCGCGUCUCCUGCCUGAGCCUAUUUAUCACGUGAGGACCGCCAUCCUAAGCCUGGGGUCUGUGACGAUGCAGGAUGCGGGGAGUUACAGCUGUGAGGCCAUGAACGAAAGAGGGACCACUGCAAAGUCGGUCUGGGUCGACAUCUAUGAUAAAGGCUUUAUUAACAUAACAAGUGUGAAUAACAGCACCAAGAGAGUGCGCGCUGGAGAAAGUCUGUCCCUGCGUGUGGUAAUGGACGCUUACCCGAAACCUCAUUCGUUUUCCUGGAGCUACAGUGGUGUAAAACUAAUCAAUACUACUGAUCAUGUCAUUACCAGCCGGUCACAAGGGAAUAGUUACACCAGCGAGCUAAAACUAGUGCGUCUCAAGGUGUCAGAAAGCGGCGUUUACAUCUUUUCAUGCUCAAACCGAGACACAACUGUCCAUCAAACGUUUGAAGUCCAUGUCAUAAGUAAACCACAGAUUGUGUCCUAUGAGGGGCCGAUUGAUGGACAGGUGCGCUGUGCUGCAGAGGGUUACCCCACUCCUCAGAUCAAGUGGUAUUACUGUGACCAACCCCAUUCCAGGUGCUCUAAUUUGAUGAAUGCCACUCAGGAGGAGGAGGAUGUUGUCACUGUAACCAUGACAAGUCCUCCCUUUGGGAAAGGCGCAGUGGAGAGCCGUCUAAACAUAACCAAGAACAAUUAUGCCACCCUUGAAUGUGUGGCAUCGGCCAAUGGGGAAAUCGUGUACACUCUGUUUUCCAUCAGCGAAAACACUGUUCCUCAUGAACUCUUCACACCGUUGCUCAUCGGUUUUGUUGCCGCAGCCGUUAUCCUUGUUCUCAUCCUUAUCGUGCUGUCCUACAAAUACAUGCAGAAACCUAAAUACCAAAUACAGUGGAAAGUCAUAGAAGGUAUUCAUGGAAAUAGCUACGUGUACAUUGACCCUACCCAGCUCCCAUACGACCACCUGUGGGAGUUUCCCAGAGAUAAGCUGCGUUUUGGAAAAACUCUAGGAUCUGGAGCAUUUGGGAAGGUGGUGGAGGCCACUGCUUAUGGGAUGUCCAAAGCAGACACUGUGAUGACCGUAGCUGUGAAGAUGCUCAAACCAAGUGCCCAUGCCACCGAGAAAGAGGCUCUAAUGUCUGAGCUGAAGGUGCUUAGUUAUCUCGGCAACCAUAUUAACAUUGUCAACCUGCUAGGGGCCUGCACUGUAGGAGGUCCAACGCUAGUUAUAACGGAGUACUGCUGUUUUGGUGACCUGUUGAACUUCCUGCGCAGAAGGAGAGAAUCCUUCUACUUCUCUACACUGGGAGAAGACUCUUACUAUAGAAACAUCAUGCUGCAGCCAGAACCAAAUGAGAGCAGGAAUGGAUACAUGACCAUGAAGCCCUCUGUAUUGGGAAUUCUGUCCUCAGAAAACAGAAGAUCACUUAAUAAAGGUGAUUCAUAUAGCGAUACGGAUGCCGUCAGUGAGAUUCUGCAGGAAGAUGGCUUGACUCUGGACACUGAGGAUCUUCUUAGCUUCUCCUACCAAGUAGCCAAAGGGAUGGAUUUUCUGGCAUCCAAGAAUUGUAUUCACAGAGACCUGGCAGCCAGAAACAUUCUCCUCACCCAAGGCCGAGUGGCCAAGAUCUGUGACUUUGGACUAGCCCGAGACAUCACUACUGACUCAAACUAUGUUGUUAAGGGCAAUGCCCGUCUUCCAGUGAAGUGGAUGUCCCCCGAGAGCAUCUUUGAGUGUGUGUACACCUUUGAGAGUGAUGUAUGGUCUUAUGGAAUACUGCUGUGGGAGAUCUUCUCCCUCGGGAGUAGUCCUUACCCGGGCAUGCCUGUGGACUCCAAAUUCUAUAAGAUGAUCAAGGAAGGAUACCGAAUGCAGUCGCCAGAGUUUUCCCCGAGUGAAAUGUACGAAAUCAUGCACUCAUGCUGGGACGCCGACCCCUUCAAGAGACCCUCGUUUACCAAGAUAGUGGAGAAAAUCGAACAGCAAAUCUCAGACAGCACCAAACAUAUUUACUUAAACUUCAGCUCCAGGUUGCCUGUUGCUCCAGGGCCCCAUGAGGAAUCCAGUUCUCCUGUCCAGCGGCUAAACUCAGUAGGCAGUCACAGUACUGCCACUCAGCCCCUGCUGUCCAACAAUGAUGUCUUCUUGGAAGGGACAGGUCCACAUCACCCUCCAGUGUGAAGAUCUGAUUCCCAGUAAAAAGCAGGCAUUCUAACAGAUGCCAUUCAUCUACUGGGACCCUUCGCCUUAGCUAAGUGUCAUUGUAGCUGUCUGACAUGCAUGAGGACUUUGGAAAACACUGAUCAAAAAUCUCUUUUAGGAUCCAAGAGCAGUCGUAUUCUUUCCGUUCACAUUUCACGCAGAUUGUGUAUAUAAGCCCUCCUGCCAGAAAGGACAGUGAUGGUGUGCUCUUCUUUUACAUUUCAUGUAUUUAUUUGGGGACAUCAAACUUUUGAGACAGCUACUGUACAGUAAUAAUCAAUGCUGGUAUCAUCCCAUGGUACUAUAUCUUCAAUGUGAGUCUGCAGGAGGACUGAACUUUUUUCUUUUUUUUUUUUCUUUUUUUUUUUUUUGUAGAAUCCCUUUGAUUUAUUAUAUGGGAUAUAUAAACACAAUAGUGCUUCUUUUGCUAAUUGUCAAGUCUUUACAAGUCAAACAGGCUGUUUCAAGUCAGAGACUAGAUGAAACCCUGAUAAACAAUCUCUGGAGUCUUGACAUUCAAUUUGACAUGAUAUUUUAGCCAAAAGUGGUAUUUUAAGAUAUUGUAACACUAAUGUGUUGAAUAUGUCAGACUAUCAGUAGUAAAAGAGCCUGGCGUGAGAGUAAAAUAAAUUCCAAUAAAUUCAUAAAUUCAAAUAUCAAACGCAAAAGGCCAUGCUAUUUGGAAAUAUGUAUAAGCAGUAAUAACCCUAAUUUGGCAGCAUUGUCAUGUUGCUGCACAAGCCAAAAACAAGCUACUUGAUGCAUGUUGCAUUUGGAAUAGUGUUUUGUCAGUUGGCAGCUGAAUCUGUAAGUAGUUUUAAGUUUAAAUAGACCAAAUUAAGGUACAUUUCAGUUCGCUGUCAGGCAAGGUGUCGAGACACGAAGAGGUAAUCCAUCAAAGUUCAUUGUUUACUUUAAACACUCAGCGAUAUUUUGAUUCCACAGCAGUAUUAUAUUAUUGGCUUGUGUUGUAUUUUCCAGAAAAUGUCAUUUUGGACAGCAAAAUUAUUCAGUCAAGCAGUAAUUCAAGCUUGACGUAUCAAACUUUUAGACAGUGUUUCUUUUAGGGAUCACUUUAAACAGUUUCUUCCUCUUCUCCUGUGUGUUCUAAGGAAAAUAUUUGUUAAAUAGUAUACUUAUUUCAUUUGUUUCAACACACUUGUUUCAAAAUGCUUAUUUGAGUAGUUUUUAUGAUGUGGUUCCAGAAUGGUGGACUGUAGAAGAUCAGUAGCUUCGGUAGCAUUGGUCCUGUUAUUUAUUCCAGAAAAAUAUGGGAGUUAUUCCACAUUUUAUCCUUCAUUAAACUGGAAGUGUAGUGCUCUUUUGUAUAUUCCAAUGGUUUCCAAUCUAGCUUCUGUUGCGUCUAAUUUUGUGCAGAAAAGUAUGGUGGGGGUCUGGUAGUGUUUAAGGAGAGCUUUCUUGUGUCGCGGGUUAUCAUUUCCUACAGACUUGACUCAGUUACUCUGACUUCUACUUACCAACUGUUGUGCCUGAAAUGUUUUCUCUGCUCUUUAGCCAAUGAGAAUCGUGCUGUUGAAGGUUGAGCCAAUAGAAAGCUGCUGCUGCUGCUGUGUAGAAAUGGGUGCCAAUGGCUUCUUGAUCUCUGUAGGAUUAGCCAAUGAAGGAUCUGCCAAUAGACGGGUGGCUUUCAGACCGGGCAAAAAGAGUGGCUUUCUGUUACUUAGAUGAGCCAAUAGGAUUCUCAUUCCACUGCCAAAAGGAAAGAUCGCAGAGUAUGCGUCCGAAUAUGAGCUACGUGCUGAAUCUGAAUGAGUCGACACACCAACCGCAGUACCCAUAGCUGUGCGAACAUCAGUAGUCUGGGCACUCAGUCAGUACGGUAGCUCGUUUUCCAGGUCUCCCUCUGUUCUUUGUGUCCAGCUGCUUCCUCCGGCGGAUGUCUCACUUCCACAAAGACUCAGCCGGGGAGAUCCAACUCAGCCCGUAUCCCAUCUCCAGCGCUCCUUUUCGCCACACUGGGACAUUGUUCCUGUUGUGCACUGGCUUUUGCUUGCAUUUGCGCUAAUGAGUUGUGCGCGUCUGUGUGAGCAUAUAUGAAUGUGUAAAUGCAGGUCAUUUGCUGUUAAAUUACCAGAGCACUGAUGGGUUCCUCCAGUAGAACGACUGUAGUUAAUGAACUUGAACAGAGAUUGUCUGAUUUAUAGAGCUGGAGCAAUCGAUGUUCAGCCGCUACAUACUGUUCGCUCUUUUCUUUAAUGUAAAUAAUAUAUAUAUAUACAUAUAUGUGUAAAUCAAAAUGUUGCUUCUUGUUUUGUUAUCACGGUACGAUCUCUCAUGUGCUGCAUAUAUUUUUGUAUGUUACAGUUAUCUUCUGUCAUUAUUUUGCCUCUUGAUUCAUUUAUUCACAAGUGCAGUUUUCAGACACACCAGGUACAGUUGGUUAUAUAUUUAAUCCAUUUAUAUUAUAUUCAGCGUUGCUUGUCGAUUCAGUAUUUUCAGUGUUUGCAUUAUUGAUGAAAGGAGGAACACAUGAAAAUAAACACAGAUGGUCCAGGAAUCCCAUUUGUGACCGCAUAGUCACUAUAUGCAUUUUGAAAUGAUUGAAAGGUGUUUUGCCCCAUAAAAGAUUGUUUAAUGUAUUUUAUUGUAUAUUUAUUUUACAUUUUUAAUUUUGAAGACAAAUGUGCAAAUCCUGUGUGUAGCUCAGUAUGUAAAUAAAUAACUGAAACUA